AUGGGUUCGCCGAUUUCGGGACUCAUCGCCGAGGCGGUCCUACAACGACUGGAGUCGCUGGUUUUCCGACACCACAGACCAAAAUUCUGGGCUCGGAAUGUGGAUGACACCUUCGUCGUCAUCGAACGGGGUCAGGUGCUGACAUUCAAAGAACAUCUCAAAGCCGUCUUCCCGGACAUUCAAUUUACGAUGGAGGAGGAGGAAAACAACCAGCUGGCCUUCCUGGAUGUCCUCGUAUGCCGCAAAGAUUGUGAUGGAUUAAAGACCAAAGUGUUCAGGAAAGCGACAAAUACGACGCAAAUACUGAACUUCAAUAGCAACCACCCGAUCAGUCACAAACGCAGUUGCGUAAGGGCGCUUUACCAGCGCGUUGAGACGCACUGCAGUGAAAUUGAGGACAAGGUUGCUGAAUUACAGUAUCUUCGAGGGGUAAUGAGAGCCAACGGUUACCCGCGCAACUUUGUCAACCAGUGCAUACGAAAACGACACCAGAGACCAAAUCCAACUAGCCCCAAAUGUUGGCGGGCUCUUCCGUACGUGAAGAACGUCUCGGAAGCCGUCAGUCGUCUUCUCACUCCACUUGGAGUUGGGGUUGCACACAGGCCGGAAGCAACCAUUAGGCGCCAAGUCAUGAGGCAAAAGACCCGCUGCCACGGCAGGAAACGUCUGGAGUCGUUUACCGGAUCUGGUGUAGUUGCGGACAAAGCAACUACGUCGCAGAAACUGGGAGAUUACUCCGUACGCGAAUUGCCUAGCACGCAGCAGCAGUGGGGCGGGCAGACGGCAGCUCUCAGGUGGCGGCACACUCGACGGGACCCGGCUAUAUUUUCAAAUUUCAAGAGGCCGAAAUCCUCGCAAGGGGUGACAACCGCGUGA